AUCGGAUUUUCCAUCAGUAUAUGAUUCUUAUCGCUGUUUCCCCUGCUUUCGUGUCUUGGAUCUGACGACGGCUCUCAUUGUUCGUGUUUACUUGAGUUGGAUGCGAUUAUUACCUAUUCCCCACUUCCCUCCCGUUUGGUACCUGAUUUCCAAGGCAAACCAUCCUCCUCCAACUCCUCAUUUCAUCAUCGCGGAACUUCCGACGCUCUCUGUACACAGAAUACCGUCUCCUCGAAACUCCACAGCCCAAUCUCUGAAGCAGCUACUCAUAAAACCAGCCAUGGGGUCGUUCAUGGAGGAACUUUGGUCGAGUAUUUUUACUCCAGGCCCUACACCUACCCUUCUCAUUGCAACGAACGUCACAUUUGCCGCGCUCCAAGUCCUUCUCCUCGCUCUGCUGAUCGCCACAUACAGCAUUCAUUUCGUCGUCUUAUCCGUCCUCUCAGGAUCCCUGUGGUACUCAAUUAAUUGGUUCGCCCAGGAGGUGAAAGCAGCACAAGCCGCCUCAACCCAGAAACCAACACAACUUCAGAAACCCUCGACAGAUGGCGACGACAACAAGAACCGCGAAGUCACAGGGAGCGACAGGAAGCUCCGCAAAUCUGGAUCUCCUGAUGGCGCAGAGAGUGACACGGAAACGGAAGGCCUAGUGGAGCGCAAGAGCGCACCAGCUGCCAGGCCCUCUCUGCAAUCUGCCUCGACGACGGCCUCGACGACUCUCCAGCUCCCGGGCGCGGGCGAUACUCGGAAGCGUCCGAGUGUGGGCGGUGACAGUUCUGGCUACACCAGCACCGAUAACAGCUCGAUCUGCGCGGGCCGCAGCCACAUUUUCGCAUCCGUAUUCCCCCCCGCGUCCGUGGAAGACUGUACCUCGACGACGGCACGACGAUCUCCUCCUCCUCCUCCUCCUCCUCCUACUACUACUACUACUGGCUCCGGACCUUCCUCCCAAUCCUCGAGAAAAUCAAACACAGUGUCCCAUGGUGCAUCGGAACCCGUGACACGAUCAGGUAAGAAAGGAAGCUUUGAUCGCGCAUGGCGCUCCGCGACGGGGUUCUUGGCCUUGCCGGACCGUGGCUUUGAGCCGCUCGUGCGAUUCGAAGAGAUCGGGGAAGCGGGUUUCCUGGAGUUGUGGAAUCGGCAUAAGAAGCCGUCGAAAGAGGUUCGGGAUGCGUUGCGAUAUCUAGUACAGGUGUCCUUGGCUUCCUCGGGUUCGGGCUCACAUGCCGAGAGGAGGAGUAUCGUUGAUUGGUAUGGGUCUGAGAUCCAGCGGCAUUUUCUGGGGAAUUUCAGGGCGGGGCUUUGUAAGCUUUUGGAUUCCCCCAGCAAGGAUGACCUUUUACAUAUGAUUGUGGAUUGUCUGCAGCUCGUACGCAGGAUUUAUUUCGUCCCGCUGGUCGAGUACCUCCUUCCGCUGAUUGAGGGUGAAGAGCAGGGAAAGGUGUUUCUCAGGCUGCGACGCUCUUUUCAUAUGAUGAUUGGCUACGCUCUACCGUGGACACAGAUAUCAAUGCUGCUGAUGAGGGAGCUUAUGAAAGAUGCGCUUGUUAUCUUGGGCAUUGAUAGCUUGAGUGAAGAGGUGGACAUCGCUGAAGACGUUAGCGUGGAUAAUAUGGAAGUCGAUCGGCAGUAUUCCGUGUCGUACCACGAUUGGCGAGAUGCACCGUCGGCGGAGAUCCGGGCGCAGCUGAUGACGGAAGUUGAGGAUCUGCGCGUUAAUGCCGCGCGAGAGCGAUUGCUGUCGCUUUUGAGCAACCUUCAGCUCGUUGGUAUGGGCGGUGAAAAGGCACAGGAAGUUUUUGCUAGUGUGAUGGAUACCAUGAUGACGGAGUUUAUUCGCGCCGCUUAUACAAGCCACUGGGAGGGUCCGUCUCUGGUAUCUCUGCAUCUACGACAAUGGAUUGAAAAUGUGUUUGCCCAGCUGGUUGUGCAAGUCCUGGCUGUUAUUAAUGUCUCCGAAUCUGGGGUAAGAGACCAGGGCUACCUAGAUGUGAAGCUUAGCGACGUGCAAAAAUGGCAGGAUAUCGGGAUUGCACGGCUUGGAGCGCUCCGCACUGGCGAGCUCUUCGAUGUAAUCAUUGAGUGGCCUGCAAGUAGCGGAGCCAUCGAAGACUUACGACAUUUUACGACGCACCCUGCAUCACGACACCAUCUGACACACUCGUUUGCGGCAGUACUGAACCGACGUUUAUUACACCCGGGUGCUUCUACCGUGGAGAUCCUACAGGUGUAUAUCUCGAUCAUCAGGGCAUUUAACCUCUUGGAUCCAAAAGGUGUCCUUUUGGAUCGGAUCGCGCGCCCCAUUCGCCGAUAUCUUCGAGACCGCGAAGAUACAAUCAAAGUGAUUGUGGGUGGUCUUCUGGCGGACCCCGCAAAUGCUGAUGGACGUACUGCUUCAUCAAGCGAGACGCUUGUUGAGUUAUCUGCUGAGCUAAACAAAGCACAUCAAACCUCAAUGCGAAAUGACAGUGGCGAGCUAGACUGGGAUGACAUGAAUUGGAUGCCAGACCCUGUUGAUGCGGCGCCAGAUUACCGAAAAUCAAAGAGCUCAGACGUUAUCGGCAGUCUAAUCAGCCUGUUUGACUCCAAGGAGACGUUUGUCCGGGAGAUGCAGAAUAUGCUCGCGGAGCGACUACUUCAAAAGCGCACCGACUUCGAUCAAGAGAUGUCUGUCCUCGAGUUGCUCAAGCUCCGAUUUGGAGACAGUGCCUUGCAAGCAUGUGAGGUCAUGUUACGGGAUAUCUUUGACUCGCGGCGAGUCGAUGCCGUUGUGCGAAACGACCAAGGCAUGAUUGGCAAACGACGUGUACAGCAGCCCUUCACACCAGAUGGCAGCGGCAUGGAUGACAGCCGUGCGUCGGCAGUCGAAACUACAGAUAUGCCAGAACUCCAUGCGAAGAUUCUCUCGCAUUUCUUCUGGCCCGAAAUUCAGGGCCAGGAGUUCAAAGUGCCCGAGGAAAUCGCACAACUGCAACAGCGAUACGCAGAAGGGUUCGGAUCGCUCAAGCAGUCACGCAAACUCACCUGGCUCAACGGGCUGGGACAGGUCAUUGUGGAGCUCGAUCUGGAGGACCGGGUCUUCGUUGAGGAGGUAACAACUUGGCAAGCUACGGUGAUCUACGCUUUCAACAACCCUUCAUCAUCCAGUGAGGCCAUUGUCACCAAAACCACCAGUGAGCUUUCGCAAGAACUCCAAAUGUCUACGGCGCUCGUGCGCAGUGCGUGCCUGUUUUGGGUUAGUCGUCGCAUCCUAGCCGAGGUGCAACGGGAUAUAUUCCGCGUUUUGGAGACCCUGCCCGUCAAGGACAGCAACAAUCAAGGAACCGCAACUACACCAGCAGGUGCCACAGCAGGAACGAGCGGUGGUGCUUCCGGGGUAGACGACACCAUGCCGGAUGGCGGUAGAAGCGGUACGACCGAUGCGGAAACCGCAGCAGCAGCAGCGAAUGCGGCGGCGGCGGCGGCGGCCAAAGAGUCUGCGGAUGCCGCGGCGAUGGAGAAAAUGAAUCUCUACUGGCAGUUUAUUGUGGGGAUGUUAACCAACCAAGGCGCCAUGCCGUUACAGCGGAUCGUCAUGAUGCUGAAGAUCGCAGUCCCCGGAGGGUUUCCGUUCAGUAACGAGGAGCUGCGUGAGUUCCUCGCAGGCAUGGUAUCCAAAGGGAAGCUCGAGAUUGUCAGCGGGGGGAACUAUAAGAUUGUACAAUGAAUUAUCUGUACGAGAGAUCCCAACCUGAUAUAUCCUGAACGAGUAAUGAAUAAUGAGAAAACCAUGGUAUUUGCUAUGCUUCCCUGGGAUAGAUCUCGUCUCGUAUACUGUAAUAGACCUCGUAUAGAAUGCGAGUGGUGCGAUAGGUAGUUACCCACCACUAAUUUAU